UAGUAUGAAUCCAUAGUUCCUCAGCGCCUGUAAUUAUUUGCUUUCUCUUUGAUUGAGGGUUAGCGAUAACCUGCUCUCAUGGCUCCACCGGAUUUCAGCGGCACCUGGAACAUGGUCAGCAAUGAAAACUUUGAUCGCUACAUGCAGAGCCUGGGUAUCGACCUUCUCACCAGGAAUUUGGCAAAACUAAUCAAGCCUCAGAAAAUCAUAGAACAAAGUGGAGACUCCUUUGUAAUCCGGACCUUAAGCAGCUUGCGCAAUUAUCGGGUUCAGUUUACGUUGGGUGAAGAGUUUGAUGAGGACACAAAGGGCCUGGAUAACCGGAAAUGCAAGACCCUAGUUAACUUGGACAAUGGGCGGCUCGUCUGUGUUCAGAAAGGAGACAAGAAGAAUCGGGGUUGGGUACACUGGCUCAAUGGUGAUGACCUGCAUUUGGAACUAAGUUGUGAAGAUCAGGUGUGUAAGCAAGUGUACAGAAGAGUACAAGAGGCCUGCUGAGGGUGCCGCUCCAUGGACUCAAGGCCACCGUUUGUACUACAGACGUAUCUAUGCAAUAAGUGUGGUUUUUAGUCCUGUGUAUUUAUAUUUCUUUCCACUCUAACCAUGAAUAUUAAUGACUGGAUUUCUGUUACAUUUGCUUAUUAAAAUAUUCAGAACUGUAAACAAA